UGUGUGUGUGUGUGUGUGUGUGUGUGUUGGUGUAUGUGGUUUACACGGACAACACGCCAGACAUUUCACCUGGGCUCCAGGGACCUAAGGGUAAUACGGGGACUAUGCCAAAGUCCUCAUAAAUCAAAGAGCGGAUUUGCAUUCUGUAGUGUCUAAACUACAUAAAUUCUCUUUUUCUUUGAAAGUCCUCAUUUACCACUUGACCUGAUUUUGAGUGUAUCCCAGUGUAUCAGAACAGCGACGCCACUGCUGGGUUUUAUAUUGCAGUUUCAUACACAUUUCUGAUACACACGGUGCAUUUUGGCGGGCUGUCUUGUGAUUGGCUGGUUUUCGCGCGUGGGCGGGGCCAAACGGAAGUCGUCUGGAAGCUCCGCCCAGACAUGCCCAGACAUGCCCGGAGCACGGCCCAGAGACCUCGCUUGUUUAAAACUUAAAUGGACCACACCUGGGAAGCAGCAUCUAGACGUCAUGGACUUAGUAGAGGAUUAAAUACAUACAGGCACUUGAUGACGAAAUGGCUCCAAAGAUUUGUGGUGCCACAAAUCCCCCAUCCACAAUUGAUGAUACUGAAGAGCUGACCACUGAGAGCAAGUGCAUCCAUACAGCCGUCAGCCACCCAAAUCAGACCAGUCCAGAGCUCGGCCCUCUCACCAAGGUUGGACAGGCCCUUGAUGACAAAUUGGCUCCAAACAUUUGUGGUGCCACAAAUCCCCCAUCCACAAUUGAUGAUACUGAAGAGCUGACCACUGAGAGCAAGUGCAUCCAUACAGCCGUCAGCCACCCAAAUCAGACCAGUCCAGAGCUCGGCCCUCUCACCAAGUGUCAAAAACCCUGCCUGCUGUCCACAACAGUAUCCUCCUUGGAUAAGUGUGUUCAUUGUGUGAGACCUGUAACUUCCUUCAAGUGGCUUGGCUAUCGAUGCACAGAUGAGAUUGCGUUAAGUAAAGCUGAAGACAGUGGGAGCGAAUCUGAUAACGGCAACACAGAAGUUACAGCAUCAGAGUUUGGAACUGUGGAGCCUGUGGAUUUUGACUCUACAACCACAGAGCAAGACCAUGACAUUGGAGUCUUUGGAUCAGUGUCAUUUGUGUCGUCCACAGUAAAUGAGAGUGUACAUCCCUCUGAAGUCUGUGAUGUGUUGCAGACCUUGCCACAUGCUCCCGGGAUCAGGAGUGGUGUAAUAUCCCUCCAGCUUCAGUCUGUAUUGUCUCUUGGCCUGUCUGAUUGA